AUGGAAGCUUGGAAGAAUAUGGGGUGGGAGUGGAACUUCAAAUGGAGGAGGCAUCUGUUCGACAAUGAGAUUGAUAUGGCAGCCAACUUUCUAGGUGAGGUGGAAGGCGGCCAAAUACAAAUUAACAAAAGAGAUGAGUGGACUUGGCUAGCAGAAACUAGUGGUCAAUAUUCCACAAAAAGUGUCUAUGAUGAGAUGUGGGGAGCUGAUACAGAAGGCAAUAAAUUGCAGGAGUUUAAAGAUAUAUGGAAGUUAAAGAUACCACCUAAAGUUGUAGUCUUUGCAUGGAGACUGAUUAGGGAUAGGCUGCCAACUAAGUCAAAUUUGACAAGGAGAUAG